CCGGGACGGCGGCGGUGGCACCAUCGGCACCACCACCGGCACCUGCGGCUGCGGGGAGAGGCAGGGCUCGGCCGCCCGCUCGGCGCCCCUCGCCCGGCCCGGCAUGACGCGGCGGCGACCCGGCGGCGGAGGGAGGUGGGUGCCGGUAGCCUUGGCCGCGCUCCUGGCCCUGCGAGGUCUGGUGAGUCCUCUGGAGGUGUCAGUCAGUUCAGGGAGUAUCCAGGUUGCACGAGGCCAGACAGCAGUAUUGCCCUGCACCUUCACCACUAACGCUGCUCUCACUAACCUUAAUGUCAUCUGGAUGGUCAUUCCUCUUUCUAACGCCAACCAGCCUCAACAGGUUAUUCUCUACCAAGGGGGUCAGAUCUUUGGUGGUGCACCCCAAUUCUAUGGGCGAGUGGGGUUUGCUGUGACAAUGCCAACCACCAGUGCCUCGAUCUUCAUUAACAACACUCAGCUAUCGGAUACUGGCACAUACCAGUGCUUAGUCAACAAUCUUCCAGACCGAGGCGUCAGGAAUAUUGGAGUCAUUGGACUUACUGUCUUGGUUCCUCCGUCUGCCCCGCUUUGCAGAAUCCAGGGGUCCCUGGACGUGGGCAGCGAUAUCACCCUGACCUGCAGCUCGGAAGAAGGCAUUCCCCGACCAACAUACCUCUGGGAGAAACUGGACAAUGUUCCCAAGUUACCCCCAACUGCCACACAAGACCAAGUCCAGGGCACUGUCACUCUCCGAAAUAUCAGCACUGUGUCCUCAGGUCUUUACCAAUGUGUGGCUUCAAAUGCCAUUGGAACCAGCACUUGCCUUCUGGACCUGCAAGUCAUUGCACCCCAUCCCCGGAGUAUAGGCCUGAUUGCAGGAGCAGUGGCCACAGGUGCUGUUGUGCUCGUGGUUUGCAUUGUGCUGGUGGCCGUGGCACUGUUUUACUGGAAAAAUAAACACAAAGAAGAAGAGGAGGAGGAGAUUCCCAAUGAGAUAAGGGAAGAUGACCUGCCACCCAAAUGCUCCUCUACUGCGAAGACAUUCCAUGCUGACGCAUCCUCAUCAGAGAACGACACCCUCACCUCCUCCAACACCUACAACAGCCGCUACUGGAACGACCCCAAAGCCAACCAUGCCACAGACUCCUUCACCCGCUUCAACAACGCCAACGAUGCCCACCAGCCCCCUUUCUCCCGCUCGGGGAGCACGAGCACCCGUCCCGUCUAUGCCAACGGUGGCCACCCAUCCCCGGCUCCCCCUAAGACGCUGGUGGUGACGGCCAACACGGCACCGUCCCCUCAGGAGGUGAUGCGCAGCAAUGGCUCUGUCAGCAGGAAGCCACGGCUGCCACACACUCGCUCCUAUGCUGUCAGCCAAGCCACGCUGGAGCGCAUCGGGGCUGUCCCCGUCAUGGUGCCCGCUCAGAGCCGCGCUGGCUCCCUUGUGUAGGGCCAUGCUGGCAGCUGAGAGCCAAGCAAGGGACCUCUCCUACCUGAUGGGGGCAAAGAGACCCUACUCCUUCCUGAAAGGCAGUGAGGUGGCAGGGGACACACACUUGCCUCUCCCCCUGCACUCCCCUCCGGAGGCUGCUGCUGGCUGGUGGGACAUCCUCGGCUGUGCCGCAUUGGAGCUCCUUGUGCUGGUGGAUGCCGCAGAUGUGCCAAGGCCGGAGGAACAGGGAUGUUGGGAUGUGCUCCCCAGCUGCUGGGCACUGACUGGGAUGUGCAUCCAGCCCUGAUCUUGGGGGGACUUUUGCUUUUGUUUCCCUUUAGGAAUCAUUUCCAUCCAUUUGGGUCUUUCAGGGAGGUUUGGGGAGAUAUAUAUAUAUUAUUUUUUUCCGUUGUUGUUGCUGUUUUAUUUCCAAGAGGACGACAGCCUGCACUGGGGCAGGGAGAGGUGCUGAGGCAGGGUAUGCCUCAAGAUGGCAGCCCCAGCUCCCUCCCCACGACCCCAGUCCCACUGCUGGAUGAGGAAGGGCAGCGCACCAGGGCCAGGAGGUAUGGACCAGGCUGGAGGGCAAGAUGAAGGCACAGCCACCAGCCUGGCCAAGGGGAUGGCUGGCUGAAGGCACUGACUGGGGAACGUUUGUGUUCAUGUUCUGCAGUCCUUCCCCCACCCCAGCACGCACACAAACCCACACAGACACACAUGGGUCCUCCUCAGGGUGGAUGCUCUUCCUGCACUGGCUUGAGGUACCACCAGAGUUUAUGUUGUUCAUGGCUGUGGAGGAUGCGGCUCUGAGCAUCUUCUCCUGAGACACUCUGUGCAGGGUGGGGGUGCAUGGCUACUACUGCUGCUUCUGUAGGGCUUGCUGCUUUUUGGUUUUGGUUUUGGUCAUUGCUGGGGUUAUUCAGGAGGUAGAGAGGAGCAGGGUGGUGUGGCAGAGCAGCAAGGCAGGUCCAGAGGCAUCUGCUGUGCCUGGGUUGUCCUGCUUUGGCGCAAGUGGCUUCAAAUCCCAGAGCUUUGGUAUUUGCAUGGUGGGUUUUCCUUUGCCAGCUUAUGCAGUGCUGCCCCUGCAGGGCACGUGUUGUGCUUGGGGCCCUCACAUGGAGGCAUCAGAGUUUUCCUUCCAGCUCUCCCACACGCACAGACUUCGCAGACACUAAGGUUGGCAGUAUUUGUUUCCACAUCUCUCCUCAGAAAGAGUGAUAGCAGGAGCUUAACAGAGGGGACACCCCUGUGGAAGCCCACAUGCUGUCUCUCUACCUCCCUUACUUCCCUCAGUGUCCCAGGGCAGGGCACUGGUGGCAUCUGCCAGUAGCUCUGCCAUCUCCUCGCAGCAGGGAAGUGGCUGUGGCUGGCACCUAUCCUUUUUCUAUUGCAACUAAAUAGCCUUAAUAAAAGCCAAGAUCUGAAGCUGCUGAAGGAACCUGGUGCCGUUUGGAGGGCUGGGACUUACCCUCUCAGAGAGCACUGGCUCAAAGGGACCAUGCCUGGAUGGGUGUCUCAGCCCUCCUGCAUAACACCAACCCUUGCACAUGCAAAGCCAGUGGGCACCUCCAAGAGCACCAGAGCCAUCCCAGGUCUGUUCUUGGAAAAGCAAUGUGGAGAGUCACAGGUGACUUUCUGUAGCUCUCACAUUGGAUAAAGGGUCUGUUUAAGCCAACAGACUCUUCCUCAUCCCCACUUUCCUUGUCCUGGCACGGCUUUCCUUUCCCUAGCAGUGCACAAACCUUGGGCAGGCCCCUCUGCCUCAGCAGUACCUUUCAAAUGCAAGCACAGACUCUGAAGAAGAGGAGGGGAGAGGUGAGGGCUGGGUUCCCACAUGGGCAAACUGGCUCUUUGGGAUGCUGGGGGCUCCCAGGCAGCACUAGGUUUGAAGCUUGGCUGAGAAUUUGUGCCUUCUUUGCUUAAAA